UAGAAGUAAACUCUCCAAAGCACCGCCUCACGUCCCACGCUGCGCGCACGGGGCAAACACACGAGUGGCACGACGCGCGGACCCUGCGCAUACGGAGAAGCGGUCGCGCACGCGACAGGGCGUACCACGCAUGCGCACCUCUCCGGGGCGGGGCCCCUUCUGCCCCGGGUCAGGUGAGCGGUGGCGCGGCUGCGCGCCUUCUCGCCCCGCCCCCUGCGCUGCGCGCUCCCCGCGCGUUGCCAUGGCGACCCAGCGGCCACAGCCGGCCUGCGGCGGCGCCGCCGGCCAGGUCGCCUCUGCGGAUCUGGAGGCGGCGAUCGUGGGGGCUCAUGGAGAGUUCAGGAAACACCGUCGGUGGGACCAGGAAGCGGACGGGCCUGGGCCGCUGCCGGCAUUUCUUCUGGCUGGGCGUCGUCUUCGACACGGUGGGCCUGACGGUGCUGUUCACCGGCAUCUUCGCCGACCUGUUCUUCUACGACCUGCUGCUCUACCUGGGUGCCAUCAUCAUCGUCUUCAGCCUCCUCUGGUGGGUCUCCUGGUACACGGGCAACAUCGAACUGACUCCCGAGGAGGCCCUGAAGAGCCCCUUCCCCGUGCCCUCCGCCACCACGGUGGAAGCCCUCAGACAGGGCGUCGGCCACCGCCUCUCUUUGGCGGUCUGCGGCGUCUCCACCACCUUCCUGCGCAUGCGGCGGCGGCGCACCAGGAGGAUCCUUCAGAGGAGGGCUUCUCUGGAUAUGACCGUCACUGGCGAGGUGGAGAAACAGCUAGAGGAGGAGGCCCAGGACAAAGACGGGAUGCAAGGUGUCCGAGAGAGCGGCGACGCCCAAGACGUUUGCAGAGAGGCUCUGGGCCCCCAACCUGAAACCGUCGAAAGUUCCGAGGCACCUCGCCCUGCAGGCCCUGACGCUAGUCCUCCGGGCCCCGAGGCUGGGCUGCCACGGCUUAUUAAACGACCAUCGGCUCAUCUGGUGCAGUCCGAGUCCACUCUGUCUCCUCCGGACCAGCCCGUGCCUCCAGCCAUCCUCCCCUCCAAGAGCCUGCCUGUAGUCUCCUUGGCCUCCACUUGCCAGCCUCUGCCUGUUCUUACUUCCGAGAGCCAGCUUGUCAUUUCUGGGGCCUCUACGAGCCAGCCUCUGGUCACUCUUGCCUCUGCAAGCCAUCUUCCUGUCCCCUUGGCCUCUACGAGCCAGCCCAUGGUGCCUGUGGCCUCUCGGAGCCACUUCCUGCUGCCUGUGGCUGCACAGACCCACCUCGCGCUGCCUGUGGACUCUCAGAGCCACCCCUUGGUGCCUGUGGCUGCACAGACCCACCUCGCGCUGCCUGUGGACUCUCAGAGCGACCCCCCAGUGCCUGUGGCUGUACAGAGCCACCUCCCAGUCCCUCUAGCUUCCCAGAGCCAGCUCCAGAAUCUUUCUCAGGCCUCUCAAACUCAGCCUCCACCUGUGCAGGUUUCCCAAGCCCACGCUGGGGCCACCCUGCUCUCUUUGAUUCAGCUUCUGCCCACCCAGCCUUUUCAGACCCAGCCUAUGGACUUGCAGGUCGGCCCAGCUGUUCAUGACUUGCAGGCCCUGGAUCACACCCAGCAGGCCCCCCAGAGCGGCUCUUGGGUUCAAGAGAUUGCUCCAGGCCAGGCUUCAUCUGCCCAGGAGUUUCAUAAGCAGCCCGGGGCUCAGGCUUUUGAGAGUCUGCCACCAGCCAGCCAGAAGCUAAGUCAAGAUCACCCUGACCCCACAUCCCCACUCCCGGAGGCCCCAGUUCCAGCCACUCAGGCCCAGCAGUCAGUGCCCCCCGAGAGUGCGCCCACCCCAGCCUCGGAGAAGAAAAGUCACCCCCUCUAGCACAGAACCAGACCCCAGCCAUCCGAGUGGCUGCUCAGGCCUCUGCCAAAACUCACCAAAGUGUCUGCAGCUUUAAGUGCCAACUUUAUAAGAGCACAAAUGCUUACCUUAAUCUUGUUUUGGAGACGUCCAUCUGGAGACCUGACCUUUCUCAGACCAGCAGACUUACCGGACUCCCUCUGCCAAGGAUCCAUGUUGCAGUGUUGAAGAGAGUUUUCCAGCUUCAGAUAGUGAAGUUAGUUAUUGCCAGGAUGGUGAGCCAUAAUAAACUGUGCAAUUCCGACGAACUUUGUUUUAGAAUAAAUUGGUUUUUUAAAUAGACUUCUCUUGUGAAAGGGUGCCAGCAUUCCAAAUGGAAAAUAAUGUCUCCAGUACUCUGGGUGAAGAUGUCAGUAUGUAUGGUUCCCAGAGAAAUGGGCAUUGAAAAAUGCAACAACUUUUAUUUAAGGUAACUUUGUGACCUCAUUAGCUAUCAGAAAGGUUAGCACAAUGAAUGCAUUAUAACAUGCUACAAUUUAUAUUUUUUAUAUCUUCACUUGAUUUAAGUAACAUCUGAAUUUCCCUUUUUCCUAAGGAUUUAAAAUCUGAUUUGACUGUGUAUUUUAAUGAGAAUCAAAUAAAAUUCUUUUGGGACUGCG